AUGGAGUUAAAUUAAACCACUCUUGAAUCUUAUAAUAAAUACACACAUCAAAAUCAAGGUACUUUGAUAGGAAAUUGGUACGAAGAACGAGUAUUAAGAGAUUUAACUGGUGUAGGAAGAACAAUUCCAUGUUCUCAUACAACUAAAAAUACUAAGUCAUUGUAUGAACCUUUAUAAGAAACUAAUAAAACACAAAGUGUAUAAUAAAAUAUAACAAGUGAAAGAUGUUUAGGGAAAUAAUAUAAUCAUAUUCCUUAAACAUUCAAUAGUGAAUAUGGAACAGGUAAAAACAAAGCAGAUGAAUUCCCAAAGUAAGGAAAGAGGAUCGAAACUAUUUAAAAGCAAGAACAUGCAUAAGCUGGAAACACAAUAGGUAGAAAAGUUAUGAGAAAUUAAAAUGGUUAACCAAUAGGGCCUGAAAAUAGAGAUGAAGAUUUAAUAACAGAUCAUGGAUACUUUUAGAGAUAAUAAUUCCUAAGUGAUGAGGAGUUAAAAAAACAUUUACCUUAAGGAGAAAGCUAUUUAACUUAAUAAGCAAUUACUUUAUGGUAAGAAAAAUAGAACGAUGGAUGUGUUUAUAAAUCUUCUUCUAAUGGAUUAAAUCAUCAUUAAACUUUCAGAAUUAAUAAUGAAUUUGUUAAAACAUUCAAUGAUUAUUCACAUGUUAAAAAAUGA